GGUAUAGUGACGGAUGCGAUCACGACCCCUAUUGUCAACACAACUGGCUUUGUCUUCAAGAAAACUGCUGAUGUUCUUGACUUCAAGGAGAAACGAGUUGUUCGUCAUGAGUAUGGUCGUUAUGGGAAUCCAACGACAAUGAUACUUGAGAAGAAGAUAAGUGCACUUGAGGGAGCUGAAUCAACCUUGGUUAUGGCUUCUGGGAUGUGUGCAACUACUGUUAUGCUUUUUGCAUUGGUUCCUCCAAAUGGGCAUAUUGUGACUAGUACAGAUUGUUACCGGAAGACAAAGAUUUUCAUGGAGACUUUUCUUCCCAAGUUGGGAAUCACUGUGAUUGUAAUUGAUCCUGCUGAUACCCCGGGGCUUGAAGAUGCGGUGAAUAAGCAUGAGGUUUCUCUGUUCUUUACCGAGUCUCCAACAAACCCGUUUCUUCGAUGUGUGGACAUUGAGUUAGUUUCAAAAAUCUGUCACAAAAGAGGAACUCUUGUUUGUAUAGACGGCACCUUUGCAACACCUUUGAAUCAGAAACCACUUGCUCUUGGUGCUGAUCUUGUUGUGCACUCUGCUACAAAAUACAUUGGAGGCCACAACGAUGUUCUUGGUGGAUGCGUUAGUGGUUCAAUGGAAUUGGUUUCUGAGGUUCGCAAUUUGCAUCAUGUUUUGGGAGGCACACUUAAUCCGAACGCGGCAUAUUUACUCAUCCGAGGCAUGAAGACAAUACAUCUUCGUGUAAAACAACAAAAUUUAACGGCUUUGAGGAUGGCACAAAUUUUAGAAACACAUCCCAAGGUGAGUCAUGUUUACUAUCCGGGACUUCCUAGUCAUCCUGAGCAUCACAUAGCGAAGCGACAAAUGACCGGUUUUGGUGGUGUGGUCAGUUUUGAGAUCGAUGGAGAUCGCGAGACUACGAUUAAGUUUGUUGAUUCUCUGAAGAUCCCUUACAUUGCACCAUCUUUUGGUGGAUGUGAAAGCAUCGUGGAUCAACCCGCUAUAAUGUCCUACUGGGAUCUUACACAAUAGGAGAGGCUCAAAUAUGGAAUAAAAGACAACUUGGUUCGUUUUAGUUUUGGUAUUCGAGGACCUUAAGGCUGACCUUCUUCAGGCUCUUCAUACCAUCUGAACAAACGUCGCCUUCCACAAAACCAUCUCGUUUGUCAACGAUCUGUCUCGUUUUCUCUUCAUUCUUCAAUUUCAGUUGAGUAGGAAACUGUUGUUCCUUUGGUAUAGGCAAGUCGGCAAUAUUUAAAAUAAUUAAUAAUGGUCUUCUAGUUAUCUUAUGUAAUAUUAAAAACUACUUAGAUAACC